ACGCUCCUCGUGGGUCGCCGCGGGGCGGGUAGGGGGCAGGGUUCCGGACUAAAUGGAGGGCGGGCCGACCGCUCGAUGCCCCACCCCCCAGUCGGCCGGCCCCGCGGGGAAAAGCCUCUGGGCGGAGGAGGCGCUUUCAAAACAAAGAAAUGCUGCGUGAAGCCCCGGGGACGCGGCCGAGAGGAAGGCGGGGGAGGCGCGGCCCAGGCCGCCUGCUUUCCUUCCACCCCGGCGGAGCGAACUUCCCCCACCCUCGGCCGGUGGCUGCGGCGCGAGGAAAAGGGAGGAGGGCUGAGCUCAGCCACUGUUUCCCACUUCACUUUUCGCGGACCCAGGUGGAGAAGGGGUGCGGCUGUCCCGCAGAACUGCAGUGCACCUAGCUCUGAGCCCCGGGUUCGCUCCGGCCCCGGUGACGAGCCAAGGGAACCGAGUCGAUCGAGCGCCUGCUUGGACACGCACAGCGCUCCGAUGCUACCCCGCAGCCGCUGGACGCGCGUCCGGAGCUGGCAGCGCCGCGCCGCCCCGCCCCGCCCUCGCACUCAUUCAGCCCUUUGGGCCAAGAAGUCCGGCCGCCCGGGUUCAGCCCGCAGCCCCCAACCGCCCUCUGCUGCGACCUGCUGCAGACCCAAGGGUCGGGCCGCUCCAGUUAGGGCGCACACACGGGCAGAGGAUCGCGCAAACUCCCGAUCGCGAGACGGCUGUCGCUCACAGCCGCCCUGUGGCGGACAGCGGCCGCCGGCGCUCCAGAGUCUGCGGCGGGGCUGGGACCUGGAGUCCUUGGCGCUCGGGACGCGCGCCGCGCUCCCUGCAGCAUUGGCGGCGCCCGACCGGCGGGUCCUCCUGCAGCAGGGCAGCAGGACAAGCGAGCAGCACUGGGAGACGGUGCCCGGGCGCCAGCGGAGGCGGAGAAACGAGUCCCCGUCUGAACCUGGAACCCUGCGGACAUUGUUCUUCGCACUCUGCAGAGCCUGGUUAGAUCUCAGCCAAGCCGCAGGCUUAAUGACCACGUUAGACACCUUGACUUCUUGCUCCACCUUCUGUUUUUACUGUAAACAUUGUUAGAGAUACUGCCCUAUUGUUGGAGAUAAGCCCUAGCUCCUCUGACACUUUCGCGUAUUGGCUACUCCCCACUACCUACCUGGCCUGAAUUUAAAGCGACUACGCGCGUCGGCGUUGUAAAGAAAAUUGCCCACUCAAAGCGAAAGCCGCCCGAGACAUUGGACGUGAUCCAUGUCGGGCAUCAGGAGCCCCAGGCUAGAAGUCCCUGGAGACAGCACGCUGGCAGACUUUCCAUAGCUGCUUGUUAGGAAAAUUUUGGUGACAUGUUUUUGUAUAUUCAUCCAGUAUUUUUCUAGGCACCUCCUCGGUACCUAGGAAAAAGCCGGGCACAAAACUGGAAGACCUUUAUGGGCAAGUGGAAGAGGAAGUCUCUCCCCUCCGGUUGUUUAAUAUCUAGAUCUCUUGUAAAAUAAUUUUAAGAGACUUUAAAACUUAGACUUAUCGGAGCAGAAAGAAGGGUGAGCUCUAGUCUGUCCUCAAAAAGUAGUCAUGACAAACAAAGGCGUGUGCAGCACAGGUCGCUGAACAUUUUUUUUUCACCCCUGUGUACAGAUCUCUGAAUUGGAAAGUUAAAAGGACAAAACUGGUGUCCUCGGACAGAAUAAAUGACUCAUUCAGGAUCAGAUGCGGUGUUGGUGGGAGGGAUUGAUUUCCAUUACAGGAAAAUACAUACCUUUAGAGGGGACUAACAUUUAAAGAAUUUGAUAUCGCAAUGAACUAAAGGGACUGGAUCUAAGGCAAGGACCUUCCCUGGAGGGAUCAGUCAUUCUUUGUUAAGUUUUUGCUGGGAAUGGAACAUAGGCCCUCCAGCAUGAAAGCUCUAGGGCUGAACUAUACCCCUAGCCCUGGGGCAAUCCAGCUUCAUUUUCUAAUUCAAAGAAAGGCUCAGGGCCACCAAGUAUGGUCUAACCCUACUUGAUCUCCCUGGGGUCUCAGACACUCUGCCCUCUCUUCCUUUGAAUGGUUCCCCACAUUCUUGGGUUUCUCUGGCAUCUUGUCUCCUCUGUUCUGAUCAUCUUCCUCUGCCUCAUUUUUGUUUGUUUGUUUGUUCAUUUCUCUUCUUCCAAACUUUAAUGUGCCCCCUCAUCCUAUAGUCUAUUAUGAUCGCCUUUUGAUAAUACCCCAUGGAGAAUCAACCCCAUGCAAAGUCAAACCCAAAACCUUGGCUCAUCUCUUCUCUGUGUCCAGAUCACAGUGCUACCAUCAGAGUGUCUAUUUCAAACUCAAAGUACUGCCUUUCCCCUGCAUUUCUUUCUCUCAGCGGUGACCUAUCAGGAUCCCCCAAGCUGCAGUCCUCUUUGAUAGCGUCUUUGGUGCAACUCCCCCCAGAUUCAUUUGCAGUGUUGGCUAUCCCAACCCUUCUCACUGCUCACAGUCCAGUCGGGUUUUUCUUCCUCUUCCACUGUUGAAGGGCCUUGUUGCUGGCUGCCAUGUCUGUGUAGCCUGUCCUCUGAGACCUCCCCUACCCAGUUGCUGUGCUUCCCAAAGUAAAUUUCUGUUGGUGUCACCCUCCUGCUCAAGUGCCUUGAAAUGGCUCCAUGCUGCCUAUUGGGAGAAGUCCAACUGUGAUCUGUCUUGACCAAACCCAACUUUCCAGUCUUGUCUCCUAAAACGCAAAAGAAUUUUUUUCCCCAGUUCCCCAACAGGAAUGCUGUUAUGUCCCAACAAGACAUGCCUGCCCCACACAUUUGCUCAGUACAUUCCUGAGGCCUGAAAUCUCUCUCUCUCCUCUUGGAAUUUGUUAAAUUCCUCCCCUUCCUUCAGGGACUUGCUUAAAGGCCUCUUCCUCUGGAAAAACCCACCUUGGUGUGUGACCUCUCUCUGAACACCCUUACUACUUUGAUUCUGUCUUGUGACAUUUAUACCAUUGUGCCAAGUAUCACCCUGCUCUGAGCUAUAUUGUCUUCUCUUUCUUGCCAGGUUAGAAGUUCUCUGAGGGGUUGGGAUUAUGUCUGCUUCUGCUUCUCCAGAACCUCUGAAAGCCCCUUCUCCUACUGAACCAAGUCUUCUCCCCAAAGCUAGCUACUCCCAUGAACUCAGUGAUGGUGUCUACCCGUGGGACCAAGUCAGGGUCGGAGCCAUGUCCAGUGUCUACCAUAAGGCCAUGGUAGGGAACCAGACUGCUGAAGGGCUGUGACUCAUCCUGGCAUCACAGAACCCCACAUCACAGUGAGGUCAGGAGAUAGCCUCCCCAGUUCACUCCAUAAAAAGUUCUCCCAGUAGCGGAACCAAUGAACUCAAGGAAGUAACCCCCACCACCACUCAUUCCCAGGCACCAAAAACAGCACCUGGGUGCAUGGAUAGAUGGAUAACAGACAUGCAGGAAGACAUAGGACUCUAAGAAAGGAAGUGGAGUCCUAGCCUGAGAUCUAUCAGGGUUCCUCUCACUUCUUUGCCUGUAAUCACACAGGAAGCAGAGGCAGGAGGAUGAGGCAUGCAAGGCUCAUUCAUGCAAGCCCAGCUUGGGCUAUUCAGCAUGAAUUUCAAAGAAAUGAAAACUGAAAUCUUUGAAUUGAAUUAGAUACCAGUUUAUCAAAUCCCCAAAGCACUCAUUUUCCUGCAGUCUAUGCACACACCCUUGGACAGGAGAAUCUGAAGUUAGCACGUGAGUUUUGAAAGUUACUCUUUGGUACUAAGAACUUCACACAGUCCUAAUAUUUAGGACUGCAGGAAAAGAAAACCACAUUGCCUCAUCAUUAUUACUAGUCAUCUCAGCUAAUUAAGACAAUAAUUUGCCAUUAGUAGGAAGAUUCCAAGACAUGGAAAUUGGAUUAGAUCUAAGGAACUUCAAGUCAUUUGCAGACAGACACAAAGCUAUGCUCAUUUUCAUGCUAUUUUUCAUACUGGGAUAUAUUUUUUUAUAUAAUAACCAAAGUCAAUAAUGUUCCAUGGAAUAUAAUUCAAUUGUUUAGAAGGGAAUAAAAGCCUCAAACAGCAUAGUUAACCUCUGAACCAAGCAUUAAUCUCCCCUCCGAUGGAAUGACAGAUAAUUCCAUGUUGUGUGGAUAAAAGGGAUGAAGAAUGGGAUCUUAGAGAUGACACUUCAUCAAUAAGAAAUGCCUGUAAUGGGAAAAUGCCCAAGGAAUCUUCCAAGCCAGUCAUUUCUACCAAAUAAACUCAGGCAAAAGAAGAAGAGAGUGUGGAGUGACAGAGAACCAGCCAGUUUAGAACAACUGCUCCAUCUUCGAAGAGGGGAAAAGUUUGGCAACUCUUUUUCUCUUUGUUAAAUCCCGAAGAAUCAAACCACUAAUAAGACAUUAGUGUUUUCGAGAGUGACCACAGACAAAGUGCUGGAACCUUUACAGAAACUCAAUUAGUGCCCCAGCAACUUUACAUAAGAAUCAAAUAAGGAAACAGAGGCACAAAGAAUUUUGCCAAAGAUUAUUUGGCCCAGUCAAGCAAAGAUUCAAACUUGAGUUCAUUGCCAGAGCUCCUGGCAUUAGUCAGCAUUUCUCAAACUUGCCAGUUCAUAAGAAUCACUCCGAGCACUUGUUAGAAAUACAGACUUCUCUCAGUUCUCUUGAAUUUCAUUUUCUACCAAGAUGUGGUGAGGCUUAGAAUUGAUCAUUUUUAGCCUAUGCUAUGGAUUCCUCAGAAUAGGAAAAAUCUGGAAACUUGCCAACCUUCCCUGUCUCUCCCUGGUCCAUGCCAUCUUAUCCCAUAAGGUGGAACCUCCUAAAAUCUGUCAUGAGAAUAUCAUUCAAGUACUGAGCAACCAUGUUCUGUCCUAAGGAAAUGUGUUCUGUUAGAACAGGAAACUUAAGUUACAGUCUGGAAUUAUGAAAAAAAUACAUCAUCUCAGCUCACCGUAUUCCCAAAGACUCAGGAAAAGAAUAAAAUCUACUCCAUGAACGAUCAGCAGCAUGGUGUGAAGCUAUUAGUGCUACAUUCUGGAAAUCAUCACAUCGUUCCAAGCAAAGAAAUAAGACAAUCUCCCCCAAACAAAUGUCAAAAACUUUACCACACUGU